GAAGGUGUACGAUGAGAUGUCACAGACGUUGAGAAUCAGUAAAUCUGAUAUUCUUAUCUUUAGUAAACAGUUUGUCUUGCUUAGGUAAAAAUUGCGAGGGUAGGGAAGAACUAUAAAUUGAAAGUCCAUCGAAAAUUUCAUCUACUUCUCGGACAGAAGUUACGGCAAAUUCAUCAGAAUGACUGCCGAGAAAGUACCUCAAGCACCCGCAGCAAAAUAUGGUACAAGGCAUGUACAGGCCCUCUUGAUGUCUGGGAGCUUGAUGAUCUCGUACGCCUUGCGAACGUCAUUAUCCGUAGCUAUUGUUGCCAUGACUGACGCCAAGUCGACGAAUCCGGAUUUCAAAGAGUACAAAUGGAGCUCAUACGAGAAGUCGAUGGUUUUGACAUCCUUCAUGUGGGGCUACGUCGUGAUGCAGGUACCGAGCGGCUACCUGGCCGGAAUGUGGAGUGCUCACAAGAUGCUUUCGAUAGGUUUUUUCUCCAGUGGCGUCAUCAACGUACUGACUCCUACCUUGGCUGAUUAUGGCGGUUCCAUGACUGUCUGCGCCAGCAGAAUAGCUAUGGGAGUUUUUCAAGCCUGCUAUCUCUCCAGCAUUCACACUCUUACUUCGAAGUGGGCUCCACCCCACGAAAGGUCGAGAAUAAGUACAUUCAUUACUGCGGGUGCUACCCUAGGAAACGUGGUGGCAAUGGCACUUUCGGGCGUGAUCGCAGCCUCGAAUUUGGGCUGGCCAGGCGUAUUCUACGUUUUUGGAAUCGCGAACAUUAUCAUGAGUAUUGCCUUCUACUUCAAUGUUACGGACUCGCCGGCAGUGCAUCCAACCAUUUCUCAGGAGGAAAAGACUUACAUCAUCGAGAGCUUGUGGGAAAUCGAACACAAUGCUGAGAAGAAACUCCAUCCGCCAUGGAAGGAUAUCUUCACAUCGGUUCCAAUGUGGGCGAUAAUCAUUGCUCAUUUCGGAGUGAACUGGGGUGCUUGGACUUUACUUACGGAAAUACCGACGUACAUGAACUCCGUUUUGAACUUCGAAAUUGCUAAGAACGGCAUCAUCUCAUCUGUGCCCUAUUUGGUCACGUGGCUGCUGAGUUUUCCGUCGAGUUGGCUUGCAGAUUACGCGAUCCGCAAAGAAGUAUCGACAAGCGUGGUCCGGAGGGUCUGCAACACCGUUGGCACAUGGUUACCGGCCAUGUUUUUGAUUAUUCUUUGCUUCGUGGACCAUUUGAACACUAUCUGGCCGGUGAUGAUGCUUAUUCUCGCUGUCGGUACUAAAGCCAGUGCGGCUUGUGGUUUCAACGUCAAUCACAUCGACCUCAGUCCUAACUUUGCAGGGAACUUAUAUUCAAUUAGCAACACAAUGGGUACAGUUGCUGGUAUCAUCGCGCCGAUGCUGUGUGGACUGAUAGUCCAAGAUUCGGUGGAUCCUGACAAGUGGCAUAUUGUAUUUUACAUCACCGCUGCUAUUUAUUUUACAUCGAAUCUCUUUUUCAUCAUAUUUGGACGUGGAAAGGUUCAGUCGUGGAACAAUCCAAAUAGAAAAGUUUCUAUUCUAUCAGUGUUCGAUCCAAAAAUAAUCGCUACUGAAGCCUAUUAUAGAGUUAAUUGCAUUUGUAAACUUGGAAUGAGACAUCUGCAAGCAGCACUACUGUUCUUAUGCACGGGGCUUACAUUUGGAAUGCGCGCCAAUAUGUCAGUAGCCAUUGUUGCUAUGACGGAUCGGACAUCUAGUAAUCCAAAUUUUGAAACGUUCAACUGGAGCUCACAACAAAAUUCUUUAAUCUUGAGCUCCUUACUUUGGGGCUGCCUCAUAACCCAAGUACCGAUUGGUUAUUUUACCAGGAAAAAUGGUGCGCGAAAGUUUCUCUGCUUUGGAACGAUACUUGCCGGCGUGGCCAGCAUCCUUAUACCCUUAGGAGCUCAGAAUGCUGGCUGGGUAGCAGUUUUGUUCUGUUCGUUUAUUGUUAACGGUGCCCAGCUUGGGACUGUGGCAUUGCUACCAGCUUCUGGCAUACUAGCGAAAUCGAGUCUUGGUUGGCCUAGUAUUUUUUAUAUAUUUGGCAUGAUUUGCAUUGUAUGGGGAAUUCUUUAUUAUUUCUUGGGCGCGGAUUCGCCAUCGGAUCACACGAGAAUGUGUCAAAAAGAAAGGGACUACAUUAACAGCAGUUUAGGAAAUUUAAACGAUGACAUGGAGACUAAGUUAUUAAUAAAUGGUAAAAAGUUCCCGUACAAACAAAUACUUAAAUCAGUACCAGUUUGGGCCUUGCUCGCCGCCAACUGCGGCCAAGGAUGGUGCUAUUACAUUUUCCUGACGGAAACGCCAGCUUACUUCAACAUUUUAUUGUUUCUUGCAAUUCUCACUUUUGAAUACACGUGUCUGAAAUAUUUUCUAAUUCUAUUCAUACAGAGUGGAAUACUAUCAGCGCUGCCGUACUUGACCAUGUGGUUAUUAGCUUUUCCAGUUAGUUGGUUCUCUGACUUUGCACUUCAGAAAGGCGCAAGUGUAACACUCGUUCGCAAGGUUUGCACUACCGUAGGAAUGUGGGGUCCAGCUGCGUGUUUGCUGGCUUUAAAUCUUGUGCAAUCUGGCAGCCAAAGCACUUACGUAUUCAUCUUUGUAAUGGUAGUUGGUCUAAACUCUGCCAUUACUUGUGGCGCUGAGCUCAAUCACAUAGAUCUUACUCCAAACUUUUCCGGGAGUUUGGUAUCCUUUACGAAUACCUUAGUCAAGUUUUGUGGACUGUUAGCGCCUAUAGCUGUAGGAUAAAUUGUUUCUGAUAUGACCAAUGUUAUUCAGUGGCAAGUUGUUUUCUACACAACGGCAGCAAUUUACUUUUUGAUGAAUCUGAUCUUUUUGAUAUUUGGAACUGCCGAGAAGCAGUUUUGGAAUGACGAAGAAGACGAAUUUCCGAAUAUCAUCAAAUCCCCUAGACUCUUUACAAUUUCUAUACCCUAUCCCGGCGAAAUCAACAACAUUGAUGACAACACUAUAUUACAGAGCAAACACGCAAAGUAG